UCUGAAUCAUAAGGAUUAGAUCCACUUUCAAACCAUUUUUAAGUGAUUUAUGGGAAUGAUUUCCAAAAAAACAGUUUGUAUUUUUCUGUGUUCAACUAUGUUCAUACAAUACCAAAGCUGCUCCCCAGUGCCAACAAAUACGAAGAUUCGUAAUGAUGGGCGUCGAAAGUCUGUAGAAUCAACCACUGACGCAUCGCUUAGUUCAACUGAGUCUACUAAAACAACGACAUCUAUAAGCUCAUCGUCCUCGGCCAGUUCUACAAUACCAACGAAAGAUGCAACCGAGUACACACCCAUUGCGCCAGACGACGCAAAACAUGUGAAACUUGAGGACAGUUACAAAGAUGUUGAAUCAGAACACGAUAAAGUGAAACGUGAAAUAGUGCCCAAGAGCAUGGCAGUUCCGGGUCGUCGUUUUUUCAAACCGGAGUCCAGAGAGGAAGAAGAAAUGGAACUCGCUGAGACGCAUCUGUUCAGGCCGUUGUUCAAGUACCAAUCGGUGGAUGCCCAAAGGCGACACAUAAGGCGGCAGUCCUCAAGCACUACCACGCAAAGAACGCGAUGAUAGAUCUAACGUUACUUUUGGUUUAUGUGACUAUAUGUGAAAAUUUGUGUAUAUAUUUUUAUUAUAUAUUUAAAAGCAUUCAUCCACAUUAUUUCAUUCAUCCACUGCAUUAUUUAUUAACAUAUUUCCAUGUCGUUAAAACAGGCAUAAAACCAAAUACGCAAAGUUUCUAAACAUAACGAGAAAGUUGCUCAUGUUUUGUAAAUUUGUUAGACAAGUAUGAAUUGUAAAAUAUAAGUCUUAAUUCCUUGAAUCAA